GGUUCGUCCGAGUUGCCUUGUGGCAGUUGGAUUCUCCUGCGUCCCAAUCACGCAGCCUCUUGGCCUCCGCGACCGUCCCCUCCCCUCCCCUUUCGACGAGCGAGGGGCUGUAUGCUGGGCGCCGUCGUCCGUGUCCCGGGCCCGAUCCUACCUUUCCUGCCCGGGCCGACGCGCCCUCUCCUCCGCCGCCGCCACUACCUCCCGCCCGAAACGCCCAUGGCCUCGGCCACCCCUUGCGAUGGCGGCACCGGGAAGCCCGACGCCGCGCCGGCUCCCACGCCCGCGCCAACGCCGCUGCCGCCCGAGAAGCCUCUCCCGGGCGACUGCUGCGGCAGCGGCUGCGUUCGCUGCGUCUGGGACAUAUAUUUCGACGAGCUCGACGCGUACGACAAGGCCCUCGCCGCGCGCGCGGCCUCCUCAGGCUCCGGCGGCAAGGACGACUCUGCUGAUACCAAGCCCAAAGAAGGUGCCAAAUCCUGAAGUGCGCCUCUCAUGUGUAAUGACCUCUUCUGCUCUGAACUGAAUUAGAUUGCUGGCGUCUCACCAGAUUCACAUACGCCGGUACCAAUUCUUAGCACUCGAGACAUUACAGUUCUCUUGUUUUCCUGCUGUGUUAUAUGCUAGAUUAAGAUGCUUUGUCAAUUCAGCCUCCUUGUUGUGUAACAGGAGGAAGUUAUGAGUUAUUACAAACAAAAGAAAGAUUCAAUUUCUCUUAAUAA